GUCGCCACGAGUGACAACUGCAGCCACGAUCCAUCCAUCCGCUCCAGGUCCAGGGGAGUGACGAGCGACGACUCGUGCAGCCCCCGGUUCGUCCUCCUCGAGCCCUCGUCCCUCCCCUCCCCCGCGCGCAGAUCCCGACGCCCCUUCCCUUGCGCGCGACGCGACGACUCCACUCUCCACAGUCCACACGCCAAGCGAGGGCCGCAUCUAGAUCCGCGCCGCCGAGCUGACUAUUGCAACCCACGCCUUCUUCUCCCCGCGAUUUUCCUGGCCCGGGCGCCGUUGCUGCUGCUGCUGCUGCUACUACUACUACCACGCGGCCGCGAGGACCGCCGCUUCGUCCUCUGCUCGCAGUCGUAGCGGAGGCAGGGGCGCGAGGAGCGGACGGAUUGCGAUGGCCGCCGCGGGGAGGAAUGCGGGCGUCCUCGCGCUCUUCGAUGUCGACGGCACUCUCACAGCGCCGCGCAAGGUGGUGACGCCAGAGAUGCUAGAGUUCAUGAAGCAGCUGCGCCAGCAUGUGACUGUGGGCGUGGUUGGCGGAUCCGAUCUUGUGAAGAUUACUGAGCAGCUCGGCAAUACAGUUAUUACUGAUUAUGAUUACGUCUUCUCCGAAAACGGCCUGGUUGCACACAAAAAUGGCCAACUAAUUGGAACUCAAAGUUUGAAAUCAUUUGUCGGAGAAGACAAGCUAAAGGAAUUUAUUAACUUCACUCUUCAUUACAUUGCUGACUUGGAUAUCCCAAUUAAAAGGGGUACGUUCAUAGAGUUCCGAAGUGGAAUGAUUAAUGUAUCUCCUAUAGGAAGAAACUGUAGCCAAGAAGAACGUGAUGAAUUUGAGAAGUAUGAUAAGGUGCAUAACAUUCGACCUAAAAUGGUGUCAGUGCUUCGUGAAAAGUUUGCACACUUGAACCUGACAUUUUCUAUUGGAGGGCAGAUUAGUUUUGAUGUAUUUCCCCAAGGUUGGGACAAAACUUACUGCUUGAGAUAUCUUGAGGAAUUUCAAGAAAUCCAUUUCUUUGGGGAUAAGACAUACAAGGGUGGCAAUGACUAUGAGAUAUUUGAAUCUGAAAGAACAGUUGGCCAUACAGUUACCAGCCCCAAUGACACAGCUCAGCAAUGCAGAUCUCUCUUCAUGUCGAAGUGAUCACAAGCUUAUUUGCACCAUAUAUUUAUUAAGUUCACAUUUAUUAGUGAUCUUUGACUAAAUGCUUUUUGGCAUUUUUUCAUGACAAUUACAUCCAGCCAUUUUUCCUUCCAAGUCCAAACAGAUUGUACUGCUCCACUCUAUACUCACAAAUUUUCAGAUUACAUGUAUACAUUGGCGAAAAUAAAUGAGAAUUACCUGUUUUACUUUA